GAAAGGCAAGGGAGUUUCCUUGCCCACCAGUCGUCCCAGACUACAAUAGGUACAUGGGUGGUGUUGAUAUCUUUGACCAGAUGGCAGGUGCCUAUGCGGUCUUGAGGAAGGUCUUCUGUUGGCCGAAUGUCUUUUUGUACAACUUCCUCGAGACCGCGGCAAUGAAUUCAUGGCACCUGUAUAAACUUACUACCAGUCCAAAAAUGAAACAUCUCGACUUCCAAGAACUUCUGGUCAAAGAACUGGUCGCUGCCGAACGGAAGGCUCAACAAUAUCACAGCAGAGGAGGUCGACCACAAGACCCAGUCGCCGCCUCUGCAGCUUCCUAUAUUCUUCCCAUGCACCACACUCCCAUGUUUGAACAGCACCGUGGUCGUUGUAUAUAUUGUUAUUUUCAAAGUCAGGAGGCCAUGGUGCGGAGCUUUUGCAAGGAGUGUGGUGUAUACUUAUGUCUGAGUUCAGGCCGCAAUUGUUUCUUAUUGUAUCAUAAUAAAACUAAAUUAUCAAUGUCCUACCGUGAAUUUGUAUCUAGUAAAAAAGUAGCUAAGCCGCAUUUUAUGUGUUUUGUAAAAAAGGAAUAGUGUAGAUAAAUAUGUACAUUUCUAAAUGUCUAGAUGUUACAUAGUGUACAAAGAGUAGGUGUGGUCAGAAUGGCUGCUACUGCA